GGUGGGAGUCGCUCUGCCGCGUUGCAGAGAGGCUGGAAAUUCCUGGCGUCCCCAGGGAAGCAGCUGCGGCGCGGGUCUGUGAAAGGCUCAUUCAUGCAGCGCGCUGCCGCGGGACGCUGCAGACACUGACUCCCCGCCCCCUCCGCUCCCAGCCUGCGCGGCCUCCCUGCCCGGCUCCGCGAGCCCCGCCCCGCACCAUGCGCUGCCCGCGCGCCGCCGCCGCCUGGCUGCUGCUGCCCGCGCUGCUGCUGCUUGCCCCGCCGCUCGGGGAGUCGGAGAGCCCGAAAGGGAAGCACAAGCUGCUGCGCCAGAAGGAGGUGGUGGACGUGUAUAAUGGAAUGUGUUUACAAGGACCAGGUGGUGUUCCUGGACGAGAUGGAAACCCUGGAAUCAAUGGAAUCCCUGGGACACCUGGAAUCCCUGGUCGGGAUGGACUGAAAGGAGAAAAAGGAGAAUGUAUGCGAGAAAGCUUUGAAGAGUCUUGGACACCCAACUUUAAACAGUGUUCAUGGAGUGCACUGAAUUAUGGCAUAGAUCUUGGGAAAAUUGCAGAAUGUACAUUCACAAAGAUGCGCUCUAAUAGUGCUCUAAGAGUACUCUUCAGUGGAUCACUUCGACUCAAAUGCAAAAAUGCAUGUUGCCAGCGUUGGUAUUUUACAUUUAAUGGAGCAGAAUGCUCUGGGCCACUUCCAAUUGAAGCCAUAGUUUAUUUAGACCAAGGAAGCCCAGAGCUGAAUUCAACUAUUAACAUACAUCGCACUUCUUCAGUUGAAGGUCUGUGCGAAGGAAUCAAUGCUGGUUUGGUGGAUGUUGCUAUCUGGGUUGGUACUUGUGCAGAUUACCCAAGAGGUGAUGCUUCUACCGGAUGGAAUUCAGUUUCUCGUAUCAUCAUUGAAGAGCUGCCAAAAUAGAAGUUUUUUUUCCAAGUUGCUUUAUAACCUCCAUUGUUCCCAAGCCCUCAUAUCAAUUUUUGUACACAUUUUGUACAAUGUAUUUUGAAAUUUAAUAUUUCUGUAAAGCUUUGUAAGCAUCUGGCCAGAAUGGACAAACGUGGUUACAAGCACCCUCAUUGAAUUUUUCCAGCUUAAGUGUUAAACAUGUAGCCACAUAACCAUUAAAUAUACCUGGCAAGUUUUCGUACCAUAGUUUUAGAACAAACAUUAGUAACGGUCGUCCAAUAAUUUUAUUAUACACUCAAUAUCUACCAUUGUAAAAACUGUAGAUUAAAUCUUUUUAUAUCUGUUAAAUAAAUAAGACAUUUUACAAAGAGA